AUGAAACGUGUCCAUCAAAAUGAGCAGCCGUCGUGCUGGAAACGAUACUGCUCGGCGAGUCCAGAGUUGGUUCCGCCUGAAAAUAGGACGCCGAUGAACGAAACUAAACAGUUUUAUAGCGGGUGAGCGAGUGGCUGCAUAUCGCAGAGAAAACAGUGGUUUUUUCCAGCGAGAAUGGGAUAAUUGAACUGAAAAAGAACAUCAUCUCAAUUGUGGACCCCAAGCCACGAACUGUCAAUCAAUACGUCCUUGCCGCACUUCGAAAACCUGGAACAUACUUUGUACAGUAAGCAUUGAACUUUUUGACCCACUUAGAAUAUUCACAUCAAACUGAUUCACGGAUCAAUAGUCCAGGCCCUUUGCCCAACCAGGGUGAAUCAAAGAACAACUUCCAAGUCCUUAGCGGUCAGUCACAAACCACAGUUUUCUCUCUGCUUUAUGCAAAAUGUCACACCUAAUCUGAUGAUGUGCCACAUUGUAAGGACGAGCACAGAAUGAUGUUUGUUUCAGAACCAAAUCCAGCCUAAUUGGACCAUUCUUCACAACGCCCACGCCUGCCGACUGCCCAAAAGGGGAACUUGUCAUGAUUUAUGAGGUAAUCUGUUGAUCAUUGAAUGAAAUCAGCGAAGAAAUCACAUUUUCAGUGCUGUAGUCGGUUUUCCGAGACGAGCACGUCAUGUUUUCGCCCGAUUGGUCUUUUACAAAACUGA